AUGCGGCAAGGCUACUACCACUAUAUCUUGGAACGGUGUGGAUUGUCUGUAGUUGUAGUAGUAGUAGUCAAAGUAUGGCUGGUGUUGGUGAUGGCAACGACGGUCUGCGGCUUUGUACCACCUCCGCUAGAUUCCCAUGAGGGCUGGGAGCCCAUUCAUCAAAUGAGACAACGUCUUGGAUUGCAGUACAAUUAUACCCCUGAUCUAUUAAACCCCGAAAUGUGUCGUUAUCUCUCCGAGCAAGAAUGUCAGGAUGCGGAUGAAGCCCUGAUUGCUCAUUCCGAACGAAUGAAGAAAUUGCCAGCAUUGGCAAGACAACGACGAGAGAGAAACCUACGGGCGGAACAAACAGCAGAAGCAAAGUCACACUUGAGAUCUGGAGAGGAGAAUGACGAAACAAGGCAGCAACAACAACAGCAACAACAAGGAGAGCGAGAUUUACAGAUGAAUCCGAAUCCUGCCACUGGUGUAGUUAGAGUGCUGGUCCUAUUGCUACAAUUCACGGACCACGUGGAUCGACCAUUGCUGGACCCAGCCAUCUACGAUGCCAUUUGGACGGGAAAGGACAAAUCUCCUUUGAUUCCUUCCGGUUCCGUCAAGGAAUGGUUCCGUCAAAACUCUUAUGGACUGUACGAAAUUGAACCCGUCAUUGUACCAUGGACGCUCUCCGAUAAUUCAGAGCUCUACUACAGCUUUGGAUCCUCCGGGUUGGUCCCGGACUUUCAACAAGCCUUUUGGCCGGCACUAGACAAGUUAGACCAGGAGGGCAUUGACUGGAGUCUAUACGAUGCCGACGGCGAUGGACGCUUGGAUGCCGUCACCGUAUUACAUACUGGAUAUGCCGCAGAAUUGAAGGGUGUCGAUUGCAAUUCCGAUCGAGACUAUUCCAAUAGAAUAUGGAGUCAUGCCUUUGCUGAUUCUCUCAACAGUUGGUAUUCACGGAGUGGACUGUAUCGAGUGGGAGGAUACAUGAUUGCCUCGGCGUACCGAGAUACCUGUAAGUUUGAGCCGGCUAGAAUUGGAACCAUGACACAUGAGUUCUUGCAUACGUUGGGACUCGUCGAUUUGUACGAUGGGCAAGCGGCAAGAGUUGGACGAGGUACGGGAGGAUUCGAUAUAAUGGCCACGCCCUACGGGCCCAAAGAUGACCCAAGUUGGCCAGGACAUCUCAGUGCGUGGUCCAGGAUCAAAAUUGGAUGGAUGAUGCCCAUUGAAAUUACGGAAGAUGGAGAAUACUCCAUCCAAGCGUCGGAGCUCUCCAACCAAGCCUAUGUCAUUCGAAAGCCGUAUCCCUUUAUGGAAUAUCUACUCAUUGAGAACCGACAGCCGCUCCGGUUUGAUGCUCGACUCUGGACCGGAGGACUGGUGAUCUAUCAUAUUGACGACAGAGCUAGCCUGCAACUCAAGCGAGGCUAUCCUGGACAAGAAGGAUGGCCAAGGAAUGGGCAUCACUAUCAAGUGGCUGUUCUGGCAUCGGACGGACAAUACAAUCUCGAAAAGGGAGACAACAACGGCGAUGUUGGGGAUUUCUGGAAAGAGGGAAUGACACUCGGGCCUGGAAAUGGACGUUCUUUCCCCAACACGGAUGCCUACCAGUUUGGUGCGAUCCGGGUCACUGGCGUCACAAUUGACAACAUCAAGAAAAUUGAUACCGUCAUGACCUUUCGAGUGACAGGUUUGUCCACGAGUGCAGGGCCCGUGCCAAAGCCAAUUCCUUCUUCCACUGUUUCCCCAAGUGACGGGGAACUUUUACCUGUGGAGGACGUGACACCAACAAUGGUGCCAUUCUCGGACAAUGUGAACCAUUCUGCCACUGUCUACUCUUCCGGUAGCAAACCAAUGCCGCCGAAUGCGACGACAUUGGGCGCCAAGCCUGCAGAGGCUACGUCUUCUGGCUUUUCAUUUUUCCACUAUUACGGUUUCUGGACUCUUUCUUCCGCAAUCGGUUCUUUGGUUGCACUUGUACUUUAG